GGCCGCGAUUGUUUACUUUUGCUGAUCUAAUGCUCGAUAUCAUGGAUCCAGGGCAAAGACGAGGUCCUCGUCUGUCACUUGUCAAACUUUGACGUCUACCUCGUGGACCAGACCAAGAUCAAGACGCCUAAAACGCAUGCCUUUGCGCUUCGCAGCCAAGACCCGAUCUCGCUCUUUGAAUCGCCCGAGCAGGACUACAUGCACGUCUUGAGCCUGUCGGACGGCGGAGCACUCAGGCACUGGGUCACAUCAAUCAUCAACGCGAGAACAUACGUCUUGAAGCAGGAGCGGGCCGCGCUCUUUGCGCUCGAUCCGCCUGCUCCGAAGACCUCAGUGGCCGAGGCAAAGGAAGCGGCCCAUCCUCUUCCCCGGACCUCGAUUGAGGCGUCGCAGUAUCCGCCUUCACAGCAGCAGCCACAGCAGCAAAACGCAAAGCAGCAAAUGCAAGUGCCCCAACGCAAGGCUACGGUCACCACGUCGUCAGUGGCAGCCGUCCAUGAGCCAAUUGCUUCCUCUGCGCCACAAACCCUCAUCCCGAGAAAUGCCUUUGCGGGACCUUUUGAAAAGGGCUCACUCCUCGCUUCCGAAGCCAUGAAGCAGCCUCAGCUUCCACCUCCUUCCUCGCUACCUCAGAACCAGCAACAGCUCGGGAGCUGGGACAAUGCGGCGCCGAUCGAUCUGAGGGUGCACGAGAGGACGCGACAGCGUCUCAUGGCCGAACAGCGAAGACAGGAGCUUCUAGAGGUCGAGAGGGCGAGGAGAAGGGCGAGAGAGCCCUUGAUUCAAGGCAUCGCCAUGCCCGCUCAGCACCAGCAGCCUAUUCAACCACAAGCACAAGGACAACCACAGGCGCAGACGCAUCAGUACAGGUCGAGGACGUCGCAGCAGCAGCCAUAUCAGCGACGUUGAACACCGAUUGGUUCCUCCCCUUCUCUGUAAUUGUAACGUCAGUCACCAGGGACUAAUUUAAUCUCUCGCUUGCGGGCGAAUCUUUAAUGUCGAAGUGGACAGGACCGCAAGAGGUUCAGCAU